AUGAACGUAACUGGGCGGCGCGGUAUUAGACAAGGGGUGAGAGGGUCGCUGGGAAGGUUAUUUAGCAACAUUUUACUUAUCGCAAUUAUCUGGUUCCAAAAUGUUAGAGCUAUAAGGUCAGAUAAGAUAGCAACAAAAAAUCUUUUGCUAUCUUCAACGUUCAGAGACCAGGAAACAGCGGUUGGAUUUGUCGCUCCUCCGACUUUUACCAACAAUACCAGAAGUAUAAGUCCACUAAAUGCCAAACGUUGGACUUAUACAAAGGUUACCCUGCUUAAGGAUACGCCGAAUGUAGGUAAACAGGGAGAGGUUGCCAUUGUGAAUAAAAACUACGCAUUUAACUAUCUCGUUCCUUUCGGAUUUGCCAGGUAUACUACACGAGCGGAAUUAGUAGGUAUAGCGUUAGAUAAGGAUUAUAAAGAAGCGCUGGUUAACGUAAGAAGGGCAAGUGCUAUGCACCUCAAGGCUAGACUGGGUAAUGAUACUGUGCUACACUUCAAGACUCCAGCUCAAGAAGCGGGAUCGGAGAACCUCAUAGCGCCAUUGCUGCCGAUCCACAUUAUUUCUAAGAUGCGUGAACAGAAACUAUUGUUGGCUGUAGAUAUGUUGAGGGAACAAGACGUCAAGAUAUUAACAGAGGGCGGAGUAAUAUCAACUUUUGGUGUACAUAAGGUGCUACUCAACGUAGACCCAGAAGUUGAGAUAGAAAUCACGGCAAAUGUUGAAGAACAACCUGUUGAUACCUCAUUUAUAAAGGAUCACGGUAAAUAUAACACUGAUGAGAGGCACGUCAAAAUGGUAGCAAUCCGACUGAAUACCCCUGCCUUCGGAUUGAAGGUAUCGUAUAAGAUGUUGCUAUUGCAACGUUUGGCAUCGGAGAGUGUGAGCAAGUGGGCAUGGAUGGGCCUUGACCGAGGUGUUUGCAAACGCUUCUCGCAUCACUCUGCGCAACGUGGGAAAUACUACACCAAUAAAUUUUACAUGAAGAAAUGCAGCGUAUGCUCAUCUUGGAACAAUUUGGUAGUGACGCAGUGUGUCCAUUGUCUAACCCAGCUAGGGGACAGUGAUAUAAGGCUACGAACAGUAGAUCCACUGUGCCUAACCGCUAAUGCCAGGAAACAAGAGACGGAAAGUAGUACCAUGGAUUAUGUCAUAUUACAUAGGUGUUUCGACUUCACAAUAAUGAUCCAACCUCAUCCAUCAGCGGCAAUACAUCUAUCGGCAGUACCCAAUGGUACUUUUUACGAUAUAAAAAACUUCAGAAAGACGCAUAUACCUAUGAUUACUAAAAUGAAGACACGGUGUGAUGCUAUUUUGAGACACAUCCUUACAGGCAAUGCAGGGCCGGAUUUUCUGAAAAACAGCGUGGAUGUUACGCAUCUCAGAGGACUCACACAAGGGGAAAACAACGUUGGGACAAAAUCAAACGUGAAUGAUAUCAUAAGCCAUGCCAUAUACGGAUUUAACUAUCCACAUAGCUUCUCUCAUGUCGGAAUGCACGUGAUAUUACCACCGAUCAAAUGUUUCAGCAUUUUCAAAAGCCCCUUUUUCUACCCCCUCUCCAAGGUAUUAUCGGACCUCGAGCAUCUUUCUCAGGUAAAGCCGUAUACGACCGAUGAAGCAACUCAGCUAUACGAAAAUGAUAUAAUCAUGGAAGACAUCGUGGACAUCGACACUACCUUCAGGUCUAAAUACGGGCUGUGA